GGGUGAGAGAUGAGAAAGGUAGGUGGUGGUUGAUGUUUUUCGAGCUGGAGAUGUGAGGAUUGUUUACCGGCGUAACCUUCCUGGCUUCCUAGAUGGGGCUAGACUGGAAGGUGUUAUUGUGGCGGACGUUUGGUGGGUUCCAUCCUUCCGUGCGCUUUUCCUUUUCUUCCAUUCCUCCUCCCCACAAACUUCUACCUCCCCACCUCGAUCUAGCCCACGUUACAUUGUACACUUGGUGUGUGCGGUGUAUAUUGCCCGGCCUAUUGGUUGGCACCGUUUGUGGAAAGUAGAGGAGGAUCCGACGGGGAGAUAUAAAAAGCCCAAUUCAGGCUCGAGCGUUGUUCUUGCGGAAAAUUAUUGGAUUGGCGGGUUGUGGCGCGUGCGGAUGGGGCUGGCUGUCUUUGAGGGGAAAUGAUAGCGGUGGCGGUAGAUGAGCGCAUGGAUGGGUGGACGGAUUAGAUUGACGGAUGGGGUCUGUGGUGCUUUAUAGAAAGAGGGUAUGACCUGGUCUUUUUGGUUUCUUCGUUCGUUCUCUCCUAGGUUGUUGGUUCUCUGAGUUACUCGACUUGUAAUUGGAUUUGACCGGAUUUCACGCACUCAAACUUCACGAUGCAGUACUCUUUGACUUUCGCGUCGGUGCUGGCGUUGGCUGGUUCUGUUGUCGCUGCGCCUGGACAAAUGACCAAGCGCGCGCAGACGGUUUAUCUGGCUGGUGAUUCUACUAUGGCCAAGUCGCCGAACGCUCCUAUUGAAGGUUGGGGUGUCUAUGCCCAACAGUUCCUCAGCCUUCCUGUCGUCAACAAAGCCAUCGGCGGCCGCUCCUCGCGCUCCUACACCGACGAAGGCCGCUUCGCAGACAUCAUCUCUGUGGUCCAGCCGAACGACAUUGUAGUCAUUGAAUUCGGCCACAACGACGGCGGCGGCCUAAGACCAGGAACCACCGACAACGGACGCGCCGUAUGCGGUGGAGAUGGCGACGAAACCUGCACCUCGACCUACAACGGCAAACAAGUCGUCGUGCACACGUUCCCUUGGUACCUGACGCAAGCCGGCAAAGCACUCAUCGCCAAGGGCGCAAAGGUUGUCAUUAGCAGCCAGACGCCAAACAACCCAUGGGAAAGCGGCAAUUUCGUGUACACGGACGGCGGUCGAUUCGUCACGUAUGCGAAAGCUGUGGCACAGGCGCUGGGCUCAAAUGCCAUGUAUGUGGAUCAUGGCGCGUAUGCGGCGAGUGCUUGGUCUAGUCUGGGUAAGGCUGGCACGAAUGAGCGGUUCCCUGUAGAUCAUACGCAUACGAAUGCCAAGGGUGCGGAAGUAGUUGCGCAGUCGUUUUUCAAGGGCGUGGUGUGUGGUGGUGGCGGGUUCUUGAAGGGAUUUGUCAAGAAUGCGGAUAGCAUUCCGGGCAAGUGCUUGUAG